CCACCCUUCCACACAGUCUUGCAACACACUCUACGCAUAUCCAUUGCAGUACUGUAUUUCAAAGUAAUUCCUUCAAAGCAACUUAUGUAAGCCUGUAAAAUUGAAGAAGAUUUGAAGGGAACUUCUGAAAUGAGGAGAAGUCUGGUACUUUAACCUACCAAUCCUUUUAAGGUUAAAUUUUGAAUCCAGAUUUAAUUCUUAGGAGUGCUCGCUCAGAGGUGAAGAUUUAAGCUAAGAAAAAGUCUUGCAUGAAGAAAAGUACUGGAGAACCUGAAAGCUUGCAUACUUUUUAAGAUAUCUGAAAUUGUCGUAAUAAAGGAACCAUGGUGAAAAAAGUAGCUAUUGUUGGAGCUGGUGUGAGUGGACUGACCUCCAUUAAGUGCUGCUUGGAAGAGGGACUAGAGCCAACCUGUUUUGAACAAAGUGACGACAUAGGGGGAUUGUGGCGAUUCACAGACUACAUUGAAGAUGGAAGACCCAGCACGUACAGGUCGAUGGUUAGUAACAGCUCUAAGGAGAUGUCUGCCUUCACAGAUUUUCCAUAUCCAGAAAACUUCCCAGCCUUUUUAUCCCAUCACCAACUUCUGGAAUAUUUGAGGAUGUAUACAAAACAUUUUGAUCUCCAGAAAUAUAUUCAAGUAAAGACAAAAGUAAUCAACAUAACAAAGUGUCCUGAUUUCUCUAACACCGGCCAAUGGGAAGUUGUUACAGAGACCAAUGGGAAGCAGAGCUCAACCACUUUUGAUGCCGUGAUGGUUUGUGUUGGCUACCUUACUGAGCCUUCAUUGCCGCUCAAGAGUUACCCAGGCUUAGAAAAGUUUAAUGGUCACUAUUUUCACAGCCGGGAAUACAAAACCCCAGAGGUAUUCAGAGAUAAAAAGGUACUUGUGAUUGGCAUGGGGAAUUCUGGAGUAGAUAUUGCUGUAGAAGCCACUCAAACAGCAAAAAAGGUGAUGAUCAGCACAGAAAGAGGUGCUUGGGUAUUGAGCCGUGUUUUUGAUAAUGGCUACCCUUGGGACAUGGUGUUUCUAAGUCGUUUUUUGAAUAUUAUCCGAAAUAGCCUUCCUAGACGUAUCACAACAUGGAUGAUUGCAAACAGAGUGAGCCAAUGGUUUAACCAUGCAAACUAUGGUAUAAUUCCCCAAGACAGGAGUGUGAUGAGAGAACCUAUAUUAAAUGAUUUACUUCCUUCAUGCAUUAUCACUGGAAAGAUCUCUAUUAUGCCUGCAGUCAAGGAGUUCAAAGAGAAUGCUGUUGUGUUUGUCAAUGCUCCCACUGCAGAGAAAGUAGAUAUUGUUGUCUUUGCCACUGGAUACAAAGCUUCUUUUCCCUUUAUUGAUGAAUCAAUCCUCAAGGUUGAAAACCGUCAUGCUUCCUUGUACAAAUACAUCUUUCUUCCUCAACUGGAGAAACCAACACUAGCCAUUAUAGGCUUCAUCAAGCCAUUUGGUGCAGUCAUGCCAGUGGUGGAAAUCCAAGCACGUUGGGCCACACGUGUCUUUAAUGGUUUGUGUAAAUUGCCUCCAGUCAAAACCAUGAUGGAAGAAAUCAAUGAAAAGAAAAAAAACAAAAUCAACUGGUUUGGUUUGUCCUUUGAUGAAGUCCUGAAGACAGAUUGCCUUGUGUACUGUGAUGAACUUGGUUCCUUCAUUGGUAUAAAGCCUAGUGUGCCAGCUCUACUUCUCAAAGACCCCAUACUAGCGGUGAAGAUUUUCUUUGGCCCCUGUUCUCCCUACCAGUAUCGUCUGACUGGGCCAGGAAAGUGGAAUGGGGCUAGAAAUGCCAUCCUCACCCAGUGGGAACGGGUCCUGAAGCCCAUAAGAACCCGAGUUGUGGAAGAUUCCUUAAAUUGCUUCUCUUGCCUAUUGAAAGGGUUUGCCAUAUUUGUUAUCUUGUUUGGAAUUUACCUUAGUUUCAAUUAGCUUUUGCAGACCACUUUGGGGCAACCAAUGUGCAAAUUUCUCUUUUUAAAAAGGACAUACUCCUCCAGGUACCUCUUCAAAAAGUUAGAAUUCUCUAAACGUCAUUACAAAAUAUUAAUUUUAAAUGUAUUACUUGACCAGAUAGUAAUCAGAUUAAUUACAUUUGAUUUCACUUAAAAGUAAAAGAAAAUGUAAAUGUUGACCUGACCCAGUUAACUAUUUUUUUUGAAGGGCAGCCUUGGUAUGCCACCCGAAAGCCAUCAUCUAGUCUUUAGCCAUGACAUUUUCUUGAUUUUCUUAUAGUCAUUCGGGUAAUAUAAAAAGUCCUGCUAGAGUACAUAAAAGUUUUAAUUAAUUGAUCUUUUUGUGGCCAUGUAAGUAGGUCGUGAUUAAAGUUCCUGUUCCCCAAAAGCCAGUAAUCAGACCAUUGUGAUUAAUACUUAUUGAUAGACUUUCUGUUCUAAUCGCCUGCAAAAUCAUUCAGAUUCAACUCCACAUUGUUUGAGUAAAUUCCACAUUUCAUGUGAAGGAUCCCACUCUUCGUUCUAAAAGCAAAACAAUUACAUUGCUUUACUUUGUUUUGCAUUGCUCUUAUUUCAUCUGGCAAUUCUAAUUGCCUAAGAGGUUCCUACGCUUGUGCAGGCAUCUCUUCCUGCCUGUCAGCCUUUCAAGGUACCGUAAUCCAGGCAGAAACCCAAAACAUGAGUUCUAAUGCUGCUUUUAUUGUAAGGUUACAGUAAGAGAAUCUUGCACGUCUAAAAGCAUUUUCCCCUUUCCUUGCUCUUACUUUCCACAGAAUUAGAAAGAGUCCUUUCUGAUAUAUUUUUUUCCACCUGCAUUCGUCAUUUGGCCUCAAACUUUGUUUAUCAGAGGAUUGUUUAGACUGCAGCUCUUCCUUCUGUCUUGCAAGGUUAUUUCCACAGCCCAUUACAUCACCCUUCUAGUCAACGCUUGAAAAAAAAUCAGAGGCUUUGGUGCAUUUAUAUUACAGGUAGUCCUGGACUAAUUGUGGCCAUAAGUCAAAGGCUACUUGUAUUGGAACUGCCAGAUGAAACCUCAAGUCAGUAUGAAACAUUCCGAUGUGAGUUACUGCCAUGUCACUAUGGCAUCAAACAACUCUUCAAGGGCAAACAUAGCCAUUUCACAAAGUUUAUUAACUAUAGUAGUUAAUGGCUUGAACUAACUGUUACCCUUUGUCUCUCUGCUAACUGUGUGUCAUGUCUCGUAAUUCUGGAUCCUCUAAGCCAGUGUUUCUCAACCUUGGAGCAUAGCUGGCUGGGGAAUUCUGGGAGUUGAAGUCCACAGGACUUAAAGUCACCAAGGUUGAGAAACACUGUUCUAAGCAUUGACUUUCUUUUUUUUUUAAAUCCACUCAUUGAUACCCUCAUGAUUUUAGGACUUGGAGAUGAGAUGUAUACUGUAAAUCAGAUGUAAAAAUGGUAAUUAAUAAUAAGAACACAACAGCUCUGUCAUAUCAGGCUAUAAGGCAGCAUUGCUUGGCACUUAGGGGCCAAUUGGAUUCAUUUGCAAAGUUAAAAAGGUAACAUCCAAAGCGGGUCCAAACCAAUCUAUCUUUGGUGUUCAAAGAGAGGUUAGAGUUCCAUGCCAGUGUUGCAGAUUUAAACUAAUCAACUUGUUUUCAUUUGGAAGGCUCCCAUGCAGGGAUUAAUUUUUUCUUCAGAAUCUGUGACCAAUAACUGUCCAACCCCCCCCCCCCAACACCAACACCAUUGAUAAGAUGUCUUGUUUUGACUGCAAACCCAAGAAAACAAGGCUAAGAGAUUUGUUUGAAUGUUGCCUUCAUUUUAAUUUUGCUUUAAUGAAUAUAACGGUGUCCUUUUUUCAGAGCUCAUUAG